UUGACUUCGACCGGUCGCCUGAAAGUCUGAUUUUUUUUUUUGGCUUUAAGAUCCCGCCGGGCUCCGGUGGUGGCGGUUAGACUUAAACCCUUCAAAAAACCUGACUUUUACUGAAAUUCGUUGAGCAUAGGAGAGACAAGUGAAGCCCAACAGUCAGAAAUGGCUAACAGAAGCUUCCAUUUGAAGAAAUUUUCAUGGCUUUCUUCUCGGAUUCUCUCAGACAGCGUUCAGGGGAGAUUCCGGCGACCCAUUACUACUCCAGCCAUUUGUUUAGCUCCUUCAUUCGAUGGAGAUAUGAACAUUGGGUCCAAGACAUUGUUCAACCAAUGUCUUUCUCGCGGAUUUGCAUCAGUACGACGAGUAUCUCGAGCUUCUUCUUCUUCUUCUCCUUCUUCUCCACUUGUUGAUUUGCUCUCUUUUAUUAGAGCUUCACUUGAUCAACUUGAAGGUCCUUCCCAUCAUUGGUUGAAUCGAGACAUUGGGAACAAACAGCUUUUCAAGGAUAAAGGAACUUAUGUUGUUCUCGCUGGAAAUUUGCUAAACGAAGCAAGUGAUCCCAGUGGUUUCUUUGAGAAACUAAAGUUGCUUCAGCAGAGGUCCCCUGGUGUCUGUUUCAUGGGUAUCCACUUCAGUGAUCAAGCUCGAAUCACUGAUGAUCGAACUGCUUUAGCUGAGUUGAUUGUGAAGGAAUACCUCACUUUUCCUGUACUACUCUCUGAAAAAGAAUUUCCCAAGUUGUAUCAGACAAGUGGGGAAGUACGUUAUAUCGUGUUUAAAGAUUUUAAGAACGCUUUAAUCUCCGAGGAGAAGGAUCUCGAUAUUGCUUCUGUAUCUAAAGCUCUUGACAGUCUCGCUCAAGAUAUUGAGAAAUCCAAGUCUGUCAGACUUUUCACGAACACUUGGUCAAAACAAGCUGAUGCUAUCAAGGAGUCACAUUACUCUUCUUUUUUUCAAGAUUUGUUACUUUACUUUCCAGGUUGUAUCUCUGCAGACGAGGUUGGAGACCGUCUGUUACUUUCUGAUACCAACCACCAUCGUAUAAUUAUAUUCGACAACAGUGGGAAGAUUUUAGACAGUAUUGGUUGUUUCCCAGGUUUUGAGGAUGGAGAAUUUGAAUCUGCAAAGAUGUUACGUCCUACAGGGACCCUUUAUGACGAAGAGGAGGAUUGCCUUUACAUUGUAGAUUCUGAGAACCACGCAAUUAGAAGAGCAAAUAUAGAUAGCCGGGUCUUGGAAACAGUAUAUCCAAAGGUUAUUAAGAAAAGUGGUGGCUUGUGGUCUUGGAUAAUGGAGAAAAUGGGUCUUGGAAAAGAUGAUGAGAUAACAGUUGAUGUUGAUGCCAAAUCAGAAGAAUUUGAUCCUCGCUCUCUGUUGUUUCCAUGGCAUGUACUGAAGCGUGAUGAUGAGAGUCUGUUAGUCAGUAACAAAAGCUUUACGAAGUUAUGGAUGAUAAAUUUAGCUUCAGGAGAGAUCGAAGAAGUCGUGGAAGGGUUUUCGAAGAUAAUGGAGAUCUGCGGACAAUCAAUCACAGAGAAGCUAUCAGUGUUGAAACAUAUGCCUUCUAAUUGGUUGCAACAGCAAACUGAGGCUAUCGCCUCAUGCAAGGAGCAGCCAAGUGCUUCCCUUUUUUCUUCUUUUACUAAGCUUGGAGACAGCAUUGUCAUGACAGAUAUAGCUUGUCAGCAGGUGUUGAAGCUAAAUAGAGAAUCUGGAGCAUGCUCUAGCAUUCAAUUCUCAAACAUUGGGAUCCUUGGGUUGCCCUAUUGGUUGUUCAUUCCACUGGAGAGAGUUUUCAAUCUAGCGAAUGGAGUUCAGGAAGGACAUCUCAGUCAUACUCAGGAACUCCGGUUACUGCCAGGUAAAAUUAGCAUACGGUUGAACAUAGAGAUUCCUCCAUGGACAGAGCUUGUUGAACCGAUACAAGAAAGCUGCAUAUGGCGACAGACAAGAGGCGCAAUCAGUGAAGUCUCGAGUGCUGGAAGUGCCGUUGAACCUUCAGAAAAGGUUGGAGUUUCGCAACAAUGGUAUGAUGAAUUAGACAGCCUUGCCAAAGAAAUAGCCAACCCCGAAGCAGCUGAGGAAGAGGAAGAAGUAGAUGUUAGUCCUUCUGAGGUUGAAAGAGAAGAAGACGGACGUAUUCACAUCGAUUGUACUGUCAAAUCAAGUCCUGGCACUAGUGAGCUUAUUGUUUAUGCAGCAUUGUAUUUAAGACUGGCGAGAAACGAAGAGACAGAAAGUGCAAGCCAGGAAGAACUGGCGAGAAGAAUAGCAGAGAUUUUGAAGCCAGUACGGAACAUAACGACUAUGAAGGAAGAUUUAUUUGUGAAACUGUUGUCCAAGUCAAAGAGAGAAUUGAGAGACAUUGUCUUCUUGAAGCCAAUGCAUGUGCGGAUAAGGUUAGACUCGAUGGAUCAUCCAAAAGCCGAUAACUCAAGAGACGUGAUCUUGACUGACUCCUCUGUUGAGGUUGAUGUCUCUUUGAACACGGGCCAAUAACGAUGCGUUGCUCCAUUCUUUCUCAUACGUACCAAUGGGCUACUCCUAAUUCUUUUUGUUUGAGGUGGUAAAAAUGAGCUUUCUAUAAGUUUAUGACAUUAUACAGAGAAACAAUUUGAUCGGUUCAUUAUAUGAAAUGGUUCACAGUUUGUUUAA